GACAAAGUACUAGGGACAAAAUGUAUGUGAAAUGCAUUGAAACAGCAAUGACAGCAAAAAUGAAAUUUUUUAAAAAGUUCCAGCGCCGUACGUCCCGACGUCACAGGGACCGGAAAACAGAAGCCGGAUGCCGGCAUCGGCCAGAGGAGAUGGCCGGGGACGCUGCAGCGGACACAUCGUGAGAGCGAAGGACAGGUAAGUGCUGCAGGGACUCCCUGAGCAACGCCGCAUGGUAUUCCCGAGUGUAGCUCGGGGUAAAGUUUCAGCACCACAAGUGGUAACCCCGAGCUACACUCAGGAAUACCCUGCAGCGCUGCUCCAGGAUCUCUUCUUUA